AUGGUGGAGAUACCUUAUGCCAGUGCUGUUGGAUGUCUGAUGAAUGCCAUGGUAUGUACUCGUCCUGAUUUAGCUCAUGCUGUUGGUCAAGUUUGCAAGUAUAUGUCUAGGCCGGGUAAACAGCAUUGGGAGGCAGUCAAAUGGAUUUUCAGAUAUUUGAAAGGUACUGCGGGACAUGGUAUUGUGUUUGGAGAUCAGCGGUUGGAUCCUUUGGUUGUAGGAUAUGUGGAUUCUGAUUAUGCUGGGGACUUGGAUAAUAGGAGAUCUACCACUGGGGCACAUGUGGGCAAAAUGUCCGAGUCGCUAGCAAUUAUAGCACAUCUUCUGGGCCGCAAAGCAAUCUCCUGCUGCAUGAGCUUUAUCACAUGCCCCACAUCGUGUUUGUCACUCUGGAAUCUAUCGAAUGGGUUGAACUCUCUGUGGGUGUUUGCCAUUAUCAUGGUGUUUGGUCCUCUUGCGAUCAGAGUGAUGGUCAUUCAUUCUCUUGUUCGAACCAGAAGAGGGUUGAACUGUGAUGGCUAG